AUGCCAGGGUGGCUCACCUUCCCCGCACUCUGCAGCUUCCUUCUGCCUUGGACCCUCACCAUCUUCCAGAUAGCCCUGGGGGACCCAGCGCCCCACCCUGGCCCCCACUACCUUCUGCCCCCCAUCCACGAGGUCAUUCACUCUCGUCGUGGGGCCACGGCCACUCUACCCUGCGUCCUGGGCGCCCCGCCUCCCAGCUACAAGGUGCGCUGGAGCAAGGUGGAGCCGGGGGAGCUCCGGGAAACGCCGAUCCUCAUCACCAACGGGCUCCACGCCCGGGGCUACGGGCCCCUGGGGGGACGCGCGAGGAUGCGGAGGGGGCAUCGCCUAGACGCCUCCCUUGUCAUCGCGGGCGUGCGCCUGGAGGACGAGGGCCGGUACCGCUGCGAGCUCAUCAACGGCAUCGACGACGAGAGCGUGGCGCUCACCCUGCGCCUGGAGGGUGUGGUGUUCCCGUACCAGCCCAGCCGGGGCCGGUACCAGUUCAAUUACUACGAGGCCAAGCAGGCGUGCGAGGAGCAGGACGGCCGCCUGGCCACCUACGCGCAGCUGUACCAGGCGUGGACCGAGGGUCUGGACUGGUGUAACGCCGGCUGGCUACUCGACGGCUCCGUGCGCUAUCCAGUGCUCACGGCGCGCGCCCCGUGCGGCGGCCGGGGCCGGCCCGGGAUCCGCAGCUACGGCCCCCGAGACUGGAAGCGUGACCGCUACGACGCCUUCUGCUUCUCCUCGGCGCUGGCGGGCCACGUGUUCUUCGUUCCCGGGAGGCUGACGCUGUCCGAAGCCCACGCGGCCUGCAGGCAGCGCGAGGCGGUGGUGGCCAAGGUCGGGCACCUCUACGCCGCCUGGAAGUUCUCGGGACUGGACCAGUGCGACGGCGGCUGGCUGGCAGACGGCAGCGUGCGCUUCCCUAUCACUACGCCGCGGCCGCGCUGUGGUGGCCUUCCGGAUCCCGGGGUGCGCAGCUUCGGUUUCCCCAGCCCCCAACAGCCGGCCUACGGGACCUACUGCUACGCCGAGAAGUAGGGACCCACCUCACGGCGGUGCGCGACAAAGCCUGGGAGUCCUGGCGGGAUCACUCGCCGGCCCUUUCCCGUAAGCCUCCGCUCCCGCCAGACUAGGAGAGGCCUCUCCUGACCCGCCUUCCCGGACCAAGGCUGCGGGCCAUGGGCCCCGGCUGGCCGGGCGUCGGGGAGGUGGUGGCGCCUCCUGCAGUAGUGUCCGGAUAGGGUCCUCGGACCCACGGAUCAAGGAUUGCCGGCGAGAACGCAGCCACCUCAAGAGGGGCCGGUGGGGCGCCCAGGGGCAUUAACUGAUCUCUGUCUUCAGCAAUAAAAUAAGUUGGGGA